CUACUAUAUAAGUAACUUGAAUUGAACUGAAUUAUUUAUAAAAAAAGAAGAUUAGAAAAGUUUCGAACAAUCAACUGAAUAGAAACUAACUACAAAUUUUACAAAGAGACUUCUUUAUUUACUCUAUCAAUUAUAUUUACUCUUGAACAACACAUACAAAAAAUGACUACUAAUACUGCUCCACUUAAAAAGGUUUGUGUCUUUUGCGGAUCUGGGUUUGGAAACAAGGCACUGUUUGCUGAUGAUGCAACUCUCUUAGGCCAGAAGAUGGCCGAAAAGAGCUGGGGAUUGGUAUACGGUGGUGGAUCCACUGGAUUGAUGGGAGCCGUUGCACGUGGUUGUGCCACCAAUGACGGAUAUGUCCACGGGAUCAUUCCAGAAGCAUUGAUUGCUAGAGAAAGAACUACUGAAGAGGACUUUAAUGAAAACUUGAAGAAAUCUAUCGACAACCAUGAUGGUUCUACUCCAAUUCCUGACUCCAAGGAAUAUGGAAAGACUACUUUGGUCAAGGAUAUGCACACCAGAAAGAGAAUGAUGGGUGAAGAAGCUGAUGCAUUUGUUGCUCUCCCAGGUGGAUAUGGUACUUUGGAAGAGUUGAUGGAAGUUGUCACUUGGUUUCAACUUAACAUUCACAACAAACCUAUUGUAAUCUACAAUCUUGAUGGGUUCUAUGAUAACUUUUUGAAGUUUAUUGAAGAUGCCAUUGAAAGUGGAUUUGUUUCCAAGAAGAAUGGUGAGAUUAUCAAGGUUGCCACCACUGUUGAAGGUGUCUUGAAGGAAAUUGAAGAGUAUAAGAUCCCAGAUGGAAGAUUCAACCUUAACUGGAAGUCUACCUGAAAGUAAGUGAGGAGACGAGUGGGGAGAUAAUAUUUUUUUUUUUUGGAAGGAGAUAAAAUAGUGCAACAAAAAUAAAAAGAAAAUAAAAGAAA